ACAACAGCAAGCUUGGCAAGUUAGCGCGGAUAGAAAUAGAAAUCGUGUACGGAAAUUGUGUUUCUGUAUUAAAUCGCCUCAGGUGUUUUCCCUGAAAAAUUGUUUAUAUUCUAACAUUCUGAAUCUUCAUGUGUUAAACAUAUUUUCCACAUCAAAAUGGGUAGCAAGCGCAAGGCCGAGGAUGAAAUCCUUGAAAUUCGUAGUGACGAUGACGACGACGACAGCGAUGUCCAGAUUCAGGAAAAACCGAUUCCGAUCGUAACUGUGUAUGACGAUGACGAGAUACUGUCGUUAAAAGCUGAAGCAGCAAAUUCUUCAUCGGUAUCAAUUGAUCAACCCCUAGAAUUGGAAACAGCACCUCCUCCUCCAAUUAUAUCAAUGCCAUCGGAUGGUCAAACGGAGGAAUCGGAGGUAAAUCCAGACCAACAAUCGCCGCAACCGUCAGAAGAGAAAGACGAAAGUUUACUACUGAGUAUGAAGUUUCGAGACCUGGAACUAUUCCAGUUGUUCAAGGGCUCUCUGACUGAGUAUCUUAGAACUACCUUUCAGCUGAAAUUAGCUGGGCAGGAGGUGGAUGUUAUACAUCAUGCGGAAAGUGCGUCUAUCCAGGUACUGAUGAAGAAAACAGAAAUGGCGCCAUCGCCACCGCAGGAAUGUGUGACGUCGAUGCAGGAAUGUGUAGUUGAACCUGAAAAAAUAGAUACUGCCAACGAUCAAGAUGAUGGUAUAUUUGUAAUUGAUUCCACACCGGCCAAAAACGCCAAAGGUGGACCAAUCAUUCCCAGCUACAAGAAAGCAUUGCAAAAGGUACUGGACAAUUCGCCGACAGCAUUACCCACGGAUAGUGCUACCAAGAAACCAAAGCCUAGACAGUUGUGUUGGAACUGUGAAGGUGAUCAUGGUUUGAGGGAUUGUACCGAACCUCGUAACUUUGCUAGAAUUAGCAAAAUGAAGCAAGAGUUUAUGAAACGUACCGAUCGGUACCAUGUGGAUCUGGAGCAAAAAUACGGCCAUAUUGUUCCCGGCAGGCUAACCGAUGGUUUAAGACAGGCUCUUGGGUUGGGAAAACGUGAUCUUCCAAUGCACAUUUAUCGAAUGCGAAUGUUUGGCUACCCGCCAGGAUGGCUGGAGGAGGCAAAAGUGACCCACUCAGGGUUGCAGCUGUUCGAUUCCGACGGUACUCCUGUGCUAGAUUCCGAUGAAAGCGAAGGAGAGAUCGAUAUCGUCAAGAUGAAGUAUGAUGUGCGUAAGAUUAUCAGUUUUCCAGGAUUCAAUACGUCGGCGGGUAAAGAAUUUUUCGAUGAUUCUAAAUUUUUCGGUGUGCCCCCAAGAUUGGAACACCAGAGUCGGGAAGAGAUGAUUAAAAAUCUUGAGGGCACUCUGGUGCAAGGUUAUCGGAGGAAAAAACUCCGUUUGGCAGGGUAUGGUCAAUCAACGAAAGGGCAACAAUCGGCCGAUAUGGAUGUUGAUAAUACAGAGAAUAUGGAGGAUGGUUUUGAAACCAUUGACGUGGUCGGUAGAUGCGAUGAAUCGGUACGUGACGGAAUGAUCAGUUCGCUUCCCUCGGUAAAUGGGUCAACGAUACCGCCGGUCGCCCAAGAAAUGGAUGAUGAACCGGAAGAAGGCGAAGUAAAUGAAGAGGGAGAAGAGGUUGGAUUGGAUAAAUCGAGGGAACCGAACGAAGCGGCCUUGUCAGACAGGUUAACAUCGGUGGUGUCGAAUGGAAAUGAAAUGUGUGAGCCAGAUGACAGCGUGAUAGUGAUGGAGGACGAAACGGAUAUCAUUUGUUUGGACGACACCCGCGCCGAGUCACCUUCUCUAGACGAACUAAGAAAGAAACAACUAGAGCUCCUGAAGCAGUUAGAAAACCAGUCCCCUUGCGUGCCAAACUCGGCAGACGUAACCCACGAAGACUCACUCCUAGACGAUGUACUGAUGGCCGAACGAUUAGCAGAAGAGCAGGAAGCCAACACUUCCGCCCCUCCGACUCCGACACCGCCAACUAUAUCGGGUGCACCGGUCCUACCUAUAUUUGCUAACUUUGUGUUCCCCGUACCGUUAAUCUCAGCAAUACCGGUUCCACCUCCUCCCCCGCCGGCACCGGAAGAACCGUGCAAAGAACGUCCCCCCGAGCCGGAAUUCCUUAACUUGGACGAGAUAAAAAUGUCGAAAAUACCAUUCAUUGACGAUCCGGGGUCGAUGGGGUUGAAAAAAAUGUCCCUGGGGACGCCCAUCUUGACGGCCUUUUCCCCAUUCAACAGCUUGCCCUGUGGGGAAGCCUUUUCCAAGGGGGUCAGCGAUGUAAUCAAUUUCGAAAAUUUGCCCAACUCGACGGGCAAGUACGAACGGAUGAAGUCCCUACUGAUCAAGGUGCGGAAUGUUAUCAGUACAAACCAUGGCGAAACGGAGGAUGAGUCGAGAUAGCCCGACCAGGAUUGCCAGCACGAAAGCGAGGGGAUGAGUGAAGAGGGAGAGAUAGAGUGAGUGUUUUAUUUUUUUUUGUGCUUCUAGCCUGAUGAAUGUUUUCAGCAUGUUUGAGAAUGAUAAAAUAAGGUAAUACAAUUCUGGUUUUCAAAUGAAUUUUAAAAUUUUGAAUGAAAGGAUAUAAUAUAAAACCUUCAUAUUAUACA